UCGAUGGAAAGCAAUCGAUCCCAAAUUCUCCCAUUUCUCAAUCAAAACUAUCUGGGUUCACUUGUGUGUUGCUGCUGAACGUCGGAAUCAGAAAAUUAUGGACCGGAGAGAAGACGAGCAACAGAAGCGCGACGAUUCCAGAUUCAAUCAAACACUCAAGAACGUCCAGGGGUUUCUUAAAGGUAGGAGUAUUCCUGGUAAAGUAUUGUUGACUAGGAGACCGGAUCCUCCACAAGAACCCAUCUCUCCAACAUAUCACCGGAGCUUGUCGGAGAAUGACGCCGGAAGAAAUGAGCGUUUGGAGAAUCCCGUUGAGGUGGAAGAUCACAGUUCAAGCAAGAAACAUGAUAACACAUAUGCUAGUAAGCUACGAUCAAACUCCAGCGGUGAAAGGAUUGCCAAAGAAGUCCAAAACAUGAAGAUAGGUGUUAGAUCAAGUGACUCUGCUAGAGUUAUGAAGUUCAACAAAGUUCUUUCAGAAACAACUGUCAUUUUAGAGAAACUGCGCGAGCUAGCGUGGAAUGGUGUGCCACACUAUAUGCGGCCUGAUGUCUGGCGGCUUCUCUUGGGAUAUGCACCACCUAAUUCAGAUAGAAGGGAGGCUGUUCUAAGAAGAAAACGUCUUGAAUAUCUUGAAUCUGUUGGCCAAUUUUAUGACCUUCCAGAUUCUGAACGCUCUGAUGACGAGAUCAAUAUGCUUCGCCAGAUUGCUGUUGACUGUCCAAGGACUGUACCAGACGUCAGUUUCUUUCAGCAAGCACAGGUGCAGAAAUCAUUGGAGCGUAUUCUUUACACGUGGGCCAUUAGGCAUCCAGCGAGCGGAUAUGUUCAGGGAAUAAAUGAUCUGGUCACUCCGUUUCUUGUUGUAUUCUUGUCAGAAUAUCUAGAUGGCGGUGUAGACAGUUGGUCAAUGUCCGAUCUAUCUGCUGAAAAAGUCUCAGAUGUAGAAGCAGAUUGCUACUGGUGCUUAACAAAGCUACUUGAUGGUAUGCAAGAUCAUUACACGUUUGCUCAACCUGGAAUCCAGAGACUUGUGUUUAAGCUAAAGGAAUUGGUCAGGCGUAUUGAUGAACCUGUUUCAAGACACAUGGAGGAGCAAGGACUGGAGUUUCUUCAAUUUGCUUUCCGGUGGUAUAACUGUCUUCUGAUUCGUGAGAUUCCUUUCAAUCUCAUUAACCGCCUAUGGGACACUUAUCUUGCUGAAGGAGAUGCAUUGCCAGACUUCCUAGUGUAUAUAUAUGCUAGCUUUCUCUUAACAUGGUCGGAUGAGUUGAAGAAGCUAGACUUUCAAGAGAUGGUAAUGUUCCUGCAACACCUUCCGACACAUACAUGGACAGACCAAGAGCUCGAAAUGGUUUUGUCAAGAGCUUACAUGUGGCACAGUAUGUUCAACAAUUCCCCAAACCAUUUGGCUAGCUGAAUGACGUUUUUCCUCGAUGAUGAUGCUGUUUUUCCUUGGUUAUAUUAUCUUCUUCUUGUCGUAAUCAGAGAUUUGGUUUUUAUUUUCUUGUUAAUUGUUACUAGUUUAAGGGGACUAGUUUAAGUAUGAUUUCACGCGUCACUUGUUGAAUCUGUCACCAGUUUGUGCGUUUGUAAUAUUUGUAGCUUUCACUAAUUUGGAUGUCUCGGUAACUUUCUUUUUUUUAUGAAUUCAUGUAAAUUUCUUCCUUUUUACAACUUAGAUCUGACAUGGAUAAAUCUCACUGUAUCCAUGUCAAUCG